AAAAUUUGCCCUGUGAAUUGGACUGCUUGGGUGCGUUCCGUAGGGGGACCGCGGUCCUUUUUGGCCAUAAUCAGAGUGGAUCCAUAAAAAUUAAAAAUCUCCCUAGGAAUCCCUAAAAAAUAACCAGUCUCAUGUAUACUUUUUUUUACACCUUUCUAUGUAUGUAUUGUUAAUGUUGUGGAUGUGGUGCUUACUGAAUUUUGUACUGAAUAAAAUUAUUAAAACAAUAAAUUUGUUAAUAACAGUUAACAAAAUGAAAAGAAAAAUUCCACUUCAAACACAUUAUCUAUUGACUGAUGUCGGUAGUAAUUGUUGUUUUUGUUGAAAAUGAACAGCAACAUCAGCCAGUUUAAGAUCUUGAAAGAUAACAAAAAUAUAAGUGCUGUCCUAACCUUACAUUUGAGUUAUGAUAGGUUUUGAAGCAUUAACUUUGAAAAGAAAUACAAUUUACAGGCUAAAUAAUUGAGAUAACAACAAUAUACACCGACUAUUUUAAUUGACAAUUUUUUUUUUGAUGCCAAAUUAUUUUUUUCUUUAUAAUUCGUUAAUCAUAUUUUUCGGUGUUUACGUUUGCUUAUGUUUGUUUACGUUUUCUAAUACAUAGCAGUGCUGACACUACAACGAAAUUAAAUUCACCAUGAUAAACCACGCCUAUUUUUGGUAGACCGCGGUCCUCUACGGAACGCACCCCUACAGACCUUGCUUGUGAACAGUUGUGGAUUGUUUGUGGAUUGAUUGUCCUCACAUUUUAUAAUCAUAUUAACGUUGGUAAUCGAAAUUAUGAGUAGUAAAACGAGUGAGUUAUCAGCUAAUAACAAUUCCAGUUCUUUACACUCAUAACAAGUUUGCAAACUAAUUAACGUUGACUAGAAACAAUAAAACUUUAUGUCUAACGUAACCUAGUAUUUAUUAUUUGUCAACAUUUAUCAAAUCAGUUUUUAUUUAGAAAUAAAAGACAUUCCAAAAAAUAUUUCAUUUUCAUGUGAAGUAUCUGAGUUAAGUAUGGGCAAUGAAGAAAUUAAUAACGGAAAUGUUGAAACAUGGAAUAAUGCGAUAACUGUAUUGGAUUAUAAAAAUAAAAGAGAAAAUAAAUUUUUGAAUGUGUCAAAUGACAACAAUGUUAUUCAAGUGGAAAAUAUCAAUAAGUUUUCGUCGAGUCAGGUUGAUGAUAAACAGGAGCUAAGUGUAAGAGAUGAUAAUCCCGAUAUUACUGUCUUGGAAGAGCCUGAAAAAUCUCCUGAUUUCAUAACUCUUCCAUCGUUAUCAAAAAAAAAAGAUGAUACUCGAAGGAAAAUAAACAAAUCCCCUCAAGAAAUUUAUCAAGAACGACUUAAUGCAAAAGUUAAAGUUGUUAAAAAGAAAUUUACGAAACUAGCAAGAGUAUUGUACAAAAGUUAUCCAAUUUACGAGAACUGGUUAAAACGUGUUGAAGCAACAACAGGUGAUUCUGUUUGUAAAAUUGAACCACCAAAGCAAUGCCCUCCAGAACGUGCUCAAACUAAUCGUUGGAAAUUUGUUUGCAUAAGAAAACUCGAUGAAUCAUCAGAAUGCAAAUUGGGUCGUCAAAAUACCAAUAUAACUGUAAAUAAUAAAACAAUUAUCAAAACAGUUUGGAGAUUGGGCCCAAGUGAAGACUCGGUUGUUAAUGCAAAUAACAUAUUUAAAUCGUAUCCGCCAUUUGUCAUGCGCGCUGCAAAGAUGUUUGAAGAUUUCAUCAAUGGGUUUUUACCAUUAAAAGAUCAAACUAAUGAUGAAAUAACACAUUGUGAUGAUCAAAAAAAUCAAUGGUUAUUUUUAUUGGUACGUGCUAAUAGUAAAAAAGAAUUAUUACUAUUUGCAACUGGCAAAGAGGUCAGUAAUUCAUCAAUGGAUGGAUUAAAAAGAUUAUAUGAUACUGACGUCGGAAAAGAUUGUAACGUUAAAUCUUUGUACUGCAAAUCAAUAACAAAUACUAGUAAUAAUUUAACAUUAACAACAACAAUAUUUUUACUUGGUUCCGAAGCUCUUGAUGAAACGGUUGGUGGUUUGAAAAUUCAAUUACCACCAAAAACAAAUUUUUCAUCAAGUACUGUUGGUGCUGAAUUACUUGGUCAAGCUGUUGAUGAAUUAUUAGCACCAAAUGAUAAAAUAACGCUUGUUGAAAUUGGUUGUGGUCUUGGCUUAAUAUGUCUCAUGAUUGCAUCAAAAUGUGAAAAAGUCAUAGGAUACGAUUCAUUAUCAGAAAUUGAAGAAGCUGAAAUAACAUCUGAAUUAAAUAAAAUAAAAAAUGCAAAAUUUAUAACUGGACCAUCAAAUGAAGCAAUUGGUAGAAUAGCAACGUCAAUGAGAAAUUGUAAAUCAUCAGCAAUUGUUAAUGCAAAUACAAAAGUUGGAAGGGACAUUGAAAUAUUGAUGGGAUUACGUAAAAUAUCAACAUUACGUAAAGUCGUUAUGAUAACAACAAUGGCCAAACAAUCAAUACGUGCAAUAAUGGAAUUAAUAAAACCAGCAGACGAUGUUCACGGAAAUCCAUUUAUACCAAUACGUGCAUUAAUUGUUGAUACAAUGCCUAACGGACAAUUUUUCGAAGUUGCAAUAUUGAUGGAACGUCGUAUUAUGCAUAAACUAUUACGCCCCUUUAAUGAUCAAUCAAGUUCAACAAAAUCAAUUGAAAAUUUUUCAUCAGAAAAAAAUAUUCAGACAUCUGAAAAAUCAUUAAUUUUACCAAAAAUAGGUAAAUUUAAUAAUAAAGAUGAUAACAAAAAAAUCAAUGAUGAUAAUAAAAAGAAAAUUGUUGAUAAAUCAAUAUCGACUAAAACUGCUAAAGAUGACAUUGUUGAAAUAACAAAACUUGUUAAAAAUCCAUUUCACCAUGAUAGAUAUAAUAUUAAAAAUUGUGAUUUUACUGCUAAUAAUAAAAUAAAUCAACAAAAAAAUCUAACAAAUCGAACGAUACGAUCGAGAAAAAGAUCACGGAUUGAUUCACAUCGCUCAUUAUCACCAAAAAAACAUAGAAAUAAAUGCAUUAAUAAUAAAACAACGAAACAUAAUGACCCAUCAUCAACAUCAACAACAAAUCUAUCCCAUAAACGGGGUAAUAAUUCAGACUUACGUUCACGUUUGUCAAAUAACAUACAUAUUGAUGAUGAUUUAAUACAAACAUUUCAAAUACAGAAACAGAUACUUGAAAAUACAAUUGAAGAAUUAAAAAACCCAGUUAUUAAUCAAGAUGAUUUAAAUAAUAUAGCUAUUGAUAAAAUUAAUAAAGUACAAUUGCAACUAUCACGUUCCGUGUGGGAUCGUAUUGCACCACCAGAUAAUAUAACUAAUAUCGAUUUUAAUAAUACAACAUUAAAAGGUAGCAUCGUACAUGAAAAAAGUAAUAAAAAUUUCGUUAUUAUGACACCAAAUCACCAAUUUUUAGAAUCACGUAAUAAUUAUAAAAAAUAUAAUAAUAUACAAAUUGCGGAACCAAAUCAAGUAAUGCCAAAUGAGCGUUAUUUGGUUUUGAAUGAAACACGUGAUAAUGAUCAUUAUCGAUAUCAAAGUAAUAAACAACAAACCGAUGAAAAAACUCCCGAUAAUUGGCCAUUAUCAGUUGGUGUAUCACGUAAACCAGCAUCACCAAGUUGGAUUGAUACUCAUUUAUCACCAUCAAAACGUCGAAUUUUAUCCCCACUCCAUCGUUCAGUAGUUUCCUCUUCUAGCCGACCAGUUGUUUUAGCACGUUGUCGAAAAGUUUCACCACCGAGUCGUUCUAUUAUGACACAACCAAGACGUUCAUUAUUGUCACCGCCACAUCCUCGGGUACCAUCGCCCUCAUCACGACGACUAAUGUCACUGCAUAGAAGACACUAUUCACGUGAAAGGUUUUACCAACAACUGUCUUUAUCAUCGUCAACAUCAUCGUUUCGUCCAUUAUGUGUUGAUGAUAUGCAAAAAAAAGUAACACUUUCACGGCUUAAUUCAUCACCACCAAGAAAACAAUCAUGUCAACGUCUUUCAAACUCAAAUACACGUCAGAAUUAUGAAAAUACAAUGCAAACUAGUGGCCAAGCAUUAAAACCGUUAAUACAACAAAGAAGAUUAUCAUCAUCGCCAGUGGAAUUGAUUGAUGAUUGGGAUAUACCAAGUCGAGGUGCUAUUGAAAAACAUGAUGAUUGGCAAAAACAAAAGUGUCCACAAUCAAUGUUAAAUUGGGAUAGAACAAAACGGAUUGAUUUAAAUAAUUUUCGUAAUGAUGAUUUACGGAUUAAUAAAAAUCAAGCUAAUGUUGUAAAUGAUAAACUAGUAUCAUCAAAUAUGUUUGAUAACCGAUGGAAUGAUCCUGUACUGAAUGGAAAAAGUAGUAUUGACAGUUGGGGUGUACACGAUAACGAAUCAUUUGUUAAAUACACAAAUAAUUUACGUGAUGAUUCUUGGAUUGAAUCAAAUAAUAAUAAAUCUGAUGAUAACAGAUCGAGAUUGGAACAACAGAAUAUAUCGAGAAAUUGGAAUCAAAAUAAUGAAAGAGAAGAUUGGAAUGAUUUACCAGAAGAUGCUAGAGAUCCUUGGGCUGAUGAUGCGGUUAAUGUUGAUAAGGAUCGUUUCCAAAAUUCAACUCAACAAGCUAAUUGGUCUAGAAACAAAAACCAACAAGUUGAAUGUGCUGGCUCAUUAAAAAAUAAACAAUCAAUUCCACCAUUAAUCAACACAAAUUCAUCGCAACAAAAUUGGCACAAAAAUAGCAUGGUUAAUCAACAUUUGUUGAAAAAUUCAUGCUGGACUAGUAAUGCAAAUCAUAAUUUGGUCAAGAAAAAUUUACCAGGUAGUAUUUGGGUUCAACAUAAUACUGCUAGUACAUGGAGAAAUUUUCCACAGUAAUUUUCAACAGAUGCAACAACGUUAAAGACUGAAGACCAUUUGACGGGUUUGACCAGGAUAGCUAUUCUCGACAUAAUUAUCCCCUGUACCGGGGAUAACAUGAAAAUGCUCGAAAGCGAUAUAGUCGUUUGAUGGAAACCAUUGAAGAAGAUACAAAUAAAGCCAUAAAUUAAGGUAAAUUUCCACAAAAUAGUUAUCCCUGUCACCGGGGAUAACUGAGGGGAUAAUUAUGUCGAGAAUAGCUAUCCAGGUUUGACUGAUAUUGAUAUACAUAAUAUUUAAGGGCUCAAACUCACGACAAGCUAACUUCCGCUUGUAAAACGCACUUUAUUUAAGGGAUGUGCGAUAUCAGACGAUAUAUUGAAGGACCCGAUAUUUUUGCUCGAUAUCGACGAUAUAUUUCGAUAUGAUAAGCGUCAAAUAUCGGAUAUUCGAUAUCACUUUCGGAAUAUCGUCUCGAAAAUAUCGGUUGAUAUACCGACUGAAAAACUACUGCCCAAUAAAUUUUAAUGGCGGCUUGAAUGGCCACAGCCAAUCAAAGAUCAAAAAAUAUUCAAACGUAUUAAUUUAAUUAGCUGUGAAUUUAUGAGUUUUAAAUUGACAGUUGACAAUUGAUAAUUAAUAAUUAUUAAUAACAAAAUAAUUGGAAACUAUAAUCAGUAGUAAAAAAAUUGAGGAAUUGUGUAUUCAUUAUUGCAUAGUCAUGUUUCAAUAAAAUGUUGAUUAAUA